GAUUCUGAAUGGUUCUUCUCGGGCUGCUGGGCGGGCGGGGCUUCGCAAGGCAGCCUGAUAAAGUAGCGGAGGAGUGUUUGGAGUCACAAGAGACCGACGCGCAACUCUACUGGCACUCAAAUGGCACAUUUGGAAUUUAAAUGAAAGAAAACGGGGGCCAUUGUGGUGGUCAGAAAUGGGAGAGCGUUUGGGGCCUUCUGUAGGAUGGUAGCCAACAGCGUGGCAGACGACAAGCACCACUUGUCAGACUCGUCGAGCUCCGAAUCUUCCAAGUAUGAGCAACUUCAGCACCGGGCCGUUCCGAAACCGAAGCUGAGGUCUGUGCCCGCGCCAUGCAGGUACCUGACCCACUUCCCCACGUUCAACUGCAAGGAAGACUGCAGGAUCAUCACAGACACGGCGGCCAAACUAGAGCUGAGUGGCUUCUACUGGGGUCCUCUGGGAGUAGACGAGGCCCACCAAAUGCUGAAGGACGCCCCGCUGGGCAGCUACCUUAUCCGGGACAGCCGGCAGAAGGACGUCUUCUUCACACUGUCCUACCACGCCAAGAGCGGGCCAGUCAGCGUGCGGAUCGACUACAAGCGGCAGAAAUUCUCCCUCACGGGCAACGAGUGCACUUUCCCCACUCUUUUUGCCCUCUUGGAGCAUUACACUCACUCUCCCAAGAGGAGCCUGAAGAUCCCGUACAGGAAAUGGAAGCCCACGCUGCAGGAGCUUUGCAGGAGGCGCAUCAUGGAGCUCUGUGGCGGAGGGAGGCAGGUUUUCGAGCUGCCCCUCACCAAUGUCGCCCAAGGAUUCCUGUUGGAAUUCCCUUACAAGUUAUGACCGUGCUUUAUGUUCUUUUGACAUUCACAAUUUCACCAGGAGGCUGCCACACAGAGGCCAAAUGUAGAACUGCACGGCCCUCCAUUCACUCCACUCUAACUUGCACAAAAUGUGCUCCAUUCAUGAGGACACGCAAAGACAGAGAUGGUGAGACGAAAAUAGACUACUUGUGGCACAUACGUCAUGAAAGGACCAUAAUAAUAAAAACAAUACUGUCAGCUUUCCUCAUGACUACUUGGAAAACGGCAGUGUGGUGGAGAGUGCGCUUGAAAGCUGGCGUUGAAGUGAUGAAUUAAAUUCUGUAGCGUACUGAAAUACUCUGUUUGAAUAUUUACAUCACACAUGGAUGGAACUGAAUGUGUGAUGGGGGUGGAGCUACCCUCUCUAGUUCAGCUAUGUCUGCCAAGCAGAUGGAUAAAUUAAAAACGUUUUCGAUAUAAAUAUGUAUUAAAUUAAACGAACUG